GAUAAUAUUCUUUUACUUGUAAUUAUCUAUAUUGUGGUAUUCAAUUUGCUAUAGAAUUAUUUAUUUCUUUAUGCUGAUUUUCUUUCUUCAUAUUUAUAAAGUCUAACCAAGCAAGAGUUUCCAAUUAUAAUUUUCUCAAGAAAACCGGUUAAACAGGUCAAGCGGUUUUCUUAGAGAAAAUUAGUGGUGGACAAACCAAAGUUAUCUUUAAUGUGUCACAGCUGUAAGCUUCUCACUUCCCUUUUCUAUAUGCAGGCUUGAGUUCAUUAGUCAAAUAAGCUGUAUAGGUUUUUCUCUUGAACCUUCUUGCCGAAAAAUGGAGGAAAACCGACGCGGAAAGUUGCCCAUGGUGGCUGUUUUCUUUCUUGUUGGUUUCAUUUGCUCUUUCAGUUUUCAUCCGGCGACCGCCAAAACUGCUAUUGAGCAUGAACAAAAUGUCCUGUCUACCUAUAUUGUCCAUGUUAGAAAACCAGCGGGUGAAGUUUUUGCCCGGUCAGAGGAUCUACAGAGCUGGUACCAAUCGUUCCUGCCCCAGACGGCAGCGAAUUGGAAUCAGACGAAGCGUAUGGUCCAUUCCUACAAGCAUGCAAUCACAGGAUUUGCAGCAAAGAUGACCGCAGACGAGGCUAAGGAACUUUUGAAGUUGGAUGCAGUUGUGUCCGUGAAACGAGAGAAGAUUUUCUCGUUGCACACGACCCACUCGCCCUCCUUCUUGAACUUGAACCCCGGGAUGGGGUUGUGGAAAGCCUCGACUUUGGGCAAGGGCGUGAUCAUUGGAGUCCUUGAUACGGGAAUAACGCCGGGUCACCCUUCAUUCGAUGACCAAGGAAUGUCCACUCCCCCUGCUAAAUGGAAAGGUAAGUGUACUUUCAAUGCCACUUCCUGCAAUAACAAGCUCAUCGGCGCGAGGAAUUUCGUGACCUCUAAUUUGCCACCAACCGACGAGGAUGGGCAUGGCACCCACACUUCCAGCACCGCAGCGGGCAAUUUUGUAAAGAAAGCAAAUUUCCUAGGACAAGCCCCUGGCAUAGCCGUCGGGAUCGCACCUCGUGCCCACCUGGCAAUGUACCGGGUGUGCUCCAAUGGGCACUGCCUUGAGAGUCACGUACUGGCCGCUAUGGAUGCUGCUAUCGAGGACGGUGUCGAUGUGGUCUCCAUCUCUAUCGGUUAUCCUUCGGCUCCAUUUUAUAGCGACUCAAUUGCUGUGGGGGCAUUUUCUGCUAUUCAAAAGGGAAUCUUCGUGAGCUGCUCAGCAGGUAAUAGGGGCCCAAUCAACACUUCCUUGUCGAAUGAGGCUCCCUGGAUUCUCACUGUAGGAGCAAGCACUAUUGAUAGGACCGUAAAAGCUACGGCUAAGCUAGGAAAUGGGGCAGAGUACGAUGGCGAAUCCCUUUUCCAGCCCAAGGACUUUGCAUCGGCUUACCCACUUGUGUAUGCAGGUGCAAAUGGAAACCAAACAUCGGCAAUAUGUGCUGAAGGAUCGUUACGGAACUUGGACGUGAAAGGAAAGGUGGUCUUGUGUGAGAGAGACAGGGGAAUCGCAAGAAUCGCCCAAGGGCAAGAAGUGAAGGAUGCCGGUGGCGUCGCCAUGAUUCUGAUGAACAACGAACUCAAUGGCUACAGCACACGAGCUGAUGCUCAUGUCCUUCCCGCAACCCACAUACCUUAUGCUGACGGCCUGAAAAUCAAGGCCUACAUCAACUCGACCUCCAAUCCGACGGCCACCAUUUUGUUCAAAGGAACAAUUAUUGGGAAUUCCGAUGCACCAGCAGUGACAUCCUUCUCUUCCAGGGGUCCCAGCUUUGAGAGUCCUGGAAUCCUGAAACCUGACAUAAUUGGCCCAGGAGUCAGCAUCCUAGCAGCCUGGCCAUUCUCUCUCGAUAACAGCUCAACUACAGAUGCGACCUUCAACAUCAUCUCUGGAACCUCCAUGUCGUGCCCUCAUCUCAGUGGCAUUGCAGCAUUGCUGAAGAGCUCUCACCCUGAUUGGUCACCUGCUGCCAUAAAAUCUGCAAUCAUGACCACUGCAUAUCAAAUGAACCUUGGAAGUAAGCCAAUCAUCGAUGAAACCCUUCUUCCAGCUGACAUCUUCGCCAUAGGCGCAGGCCAUGUGAAUCCACCCAAAGCAGACGAUCCAGGCCUUAUUUAUGACAUCAAGCCCAAUGACUACAUCCCUUAUUUAUGCGGUUUGGGAUACAAGGAUUCCGAAAUUGAAACCAUCACACAGGAAAAGGCCAAAUGCUCACAAAUAAAAAGCAUACCUGAAGCACAGCUAAAUUACCCAUCCUUCAGCAUAAUACUGGGCUCUAGCGCCCAGAACUAUUCUAGGACAGUUACAAACGUCGGGUCUGCUGACUCCUCGUACACAUACAAGGUUGAUGCACUGGAAGGUGUUGAUGUCACAGUGUACCCUUCUGAGAUCAAGUUUAGUAUGGCAGUGCAAAUGGCCACAUAUACUGUGGGGUUCCACAGAAGUUCUGGUGGGAGCGUUAUUAAGCCAUUUGCUCAAGGAUCCCUGACAUGGGUUUCUUCAGAUCACUCCGUGAAAAGCCCCAUUGCUGUUGUUUUCAAAUGAAAUGUUCACUCUGUCGCUGGACUUUGCAAGAUAGAGUGAGUCUCUAGAUACAGGAACAGGUGGUGAUGCAAGGUCAAGACCUUAUGUUUCGCUCUAUAUAACAAUAAAAGAUCUGAUAGGAUCCGUUUGAUUGGAUUUGGAAUGGGACGGUGAACUGGUCCCUGAAGAAAACUUGGAGCUAAUUCAAACUUCAGAUGAUAGUAGUUUGCCCCUUUCUAUAUCCUCUUAGUUGAUCGGGCUGUUGUUCAGUAGUUUAUUGUGAUUGGGCAGUUGUUCAGUAGUUUAUUGCAGUUAUGAUGGAUGGCUUGUGCAUUGAUCAGUCUUACAUUGUUGA